UCAGCACAGAAAAUAAAAACAUGCCACGCCAAAGUUCAAAGCUGUAAAAACAACUUAAACAAAAUCCAAUACAAAUUUAAAUCCAAGCAAAACAAUUUAUGCAAAAAUGCGACGAAAGCCACAAAAUUUUACAUUUAACAAGAAAGAUAACCAACAGCAACCACGACAACAACAACAAUACCAGCAGCCGUCGAAAUCGAGUAAAGGUGGCAACAAUAGAAUGCCAAGAAGUCAGCAUUUGACAGCAUUUUUGUUGUUGGCCAUUUUUGCGUUGGUUCAAACCACGGCUGGCCAACAUGAGAGUAUCUCACAGAUUUCCCCCAAAUCGAGCAUCCACCUAAGCCAGGCGCAUCCUAGUAUUGAGAGUACCAUAGCAGAUACGAUUAAUCGACUGGCCGAGAACGAUGCUCCCAUACGAGAUGAAAAUGAAACUUUAGCCCGUGUUCAGCGCUCAGCUUCCCCCAUAUUACAUGAUCACCAUCCUCAAGAGCAUCAUCAGAAUCAGCACUAUGGACCGAAUGAUGUUAAUUAUCCUGAAGAUCUAGACAAAGAUGUUUCAGCGGGACGUUAUUUUCAUUACAACAUCAAACCAACUGGAACCUACGAGAGUCACGAUCAAGAACAAAAGCCAGAGACAACACAACGCAUACGAGCUGGAAAGACACUGGGAGGUAGCAGUUCAACUGAGUCCACCAUAGCAGCCAGUUCAUCAUCUAGUUCGGAGGCGUCUUUUUUAGUGCAAGGGGACCUGCGACAACCUACGUCGGGGUCCCCAAUCAGGCCGAGUCGCAGCAGUACUGCCACCUCAGCGAUGACCAGUGCAACCCAGGCUCCACAUAGUGCCCGUCAGAAUGGAAAUCCCGAUAUUCAAGAUAUUAUAACUGGAAUUGUGAAGCUCCUGAAUGGCAAUGUCAAUGUGCAUGCGAAUACUCAAGCGGUAAGACGUCCCUCGGCCAGUAGGAUUAACAAUCGAGGUCCACCAAGAAUCUCGGAUGUUCAACCUUUGCCCAUUGAUUAUGAGGCUCAGAAGCCUGGCACCUCAAUGCGUCCUCCGCCCUAUCCAUUUGAUCGUCCCGACAGACCUUUCAUCACUGGAGUCCCAAUACCUGAACAAAUCGUUCCAGUACGUCCAGGGUUUGUGAGCAAUCGUCCACCGUGGUAUAGAAAUAAACCAAGACCUCCCAUAACGACUAGUGUGGGUGGCAGCCGUCGACCUUUGCCACAAUACAAACCAUUGCCAGCACCGCAUGUGGCACCCUCCCCGUCGCCACAGCCCCCACAAGAACCAGAAGUGAUUGAAAGCGAUUUGGAGGCUGUGCAACCUACAGCGGAUACUACUUACGAUUCGGAGUUCUCGCAGGAAGAUGUCAAUGCUCAGUAUAUAGAAGUAUCCGAUCAGGAUACAGAUGGCGGUGGGGAGGUGGAAGAUGAAUUACAGCCACCUCCUGCUCCAGCCAGCACUCCUAGUACGAAGAAGAAAACGAAACCUAAACCAUCGGGAGAUAAAGAUGGUUAUACCACAAUCAUCGAGACGAGUUCCGUGGUGCACACCGUCAUGGGCAUGUCCUCGACUUAUGUGCCCAUGUCCAUGGAUAGCGCAGAGAGUUUAGAUUUGGAUCCCUCAACUGAGGAAGUCAUCUUUAUGACAGCCAAUCGCACACCAGGCUUGGAGAGCAGCUCCACCACCACUCUAAUCAGUGGAUCUAGUGAGAUUUUGACUACUCCUCAAAGCGAUAUGCUGGCCACGCAAUCGCAAGAGAUUAAACCCUCGUCCUCGUCCUUUAAUGAGCCCAUAACAACAACUACCUCAACCACUACUAGCACCACUUCCACCACUGCUUCCACAACCACUACUUCCACAACCACCUCAACCACAACAACCGAAAAGUCGCCUAAUUCCAGUGCCACUCCUCCACCUUCUGCCCAAUACCAUCCUCGUCCUGGCAUAGUACUCGAUGAUCCGGAAUUUAAGCCCGGUGGCCGACCACGUCCUCAAGCCCAGCCACGUCCCUCAGUGCCUCAACAAACGGCCAUUCAACCAACUCGACAGCAUUUGCCUCCCGGCUAUGGUGAAAUCUUUGAUGUUACUCUGUCGGCCAUUCAGGGGCCUGGACCUAAGGGCAGUGGCUCUCAGCAGACCAUCAAUAUUAAACCUUAUGGUUCCUAUGGUUCUGGAUCGAAUGGCCCUCAAGCGGAUAUUAUUGUGUCGGCAUCAGGUGACGAUGGCUUUGUCUCGAUCGAUGGCAAACGCACUUACAUCAAUCUCUUUGGUGAUCCCACAGAUCCCCCACAGGCUGGAGCCACAACUCCAGCUACACGAUUGCCACAGCUGCCAGGAAGUGGAAGUGGUGCAGCGGGACCAUCAGCAGGAACAGCAACUGGAAAUGGUGGUAGUGGUGGUGCAGUCACCCAAAGCAGUGGAGGCUAUGUAGUCCCAGAAACAGAAGUUGUAGAACUUCAACCAAAACAAGGAGGAGGUGGAGGACAGCAGAGUAAAUCUCCAGCGCCAUCAUCUGCCACAACGAAUGCUGGACCAACUCGUCCCCAUUAUCGUCAGCGUCCAACGCCACCACCGGUAAGAAUUGAUACCUGCAUUGUGGGUGAUGAUUCCACUUGUGAUCAGGCCCAGCAUGAACGUUGUAAGACCGACAGUGGUGUCUCCAGUUGUCACUGUCGACCAGGUUACUCACGUCGCAAACAUCGUGAACCCUGUCGUCGUGUGAUCUCCUUCCAUCUGGGCAUGCGUGUGGAUCGCAUCUAUGAACAUCGCAUUGUGUGGGAUAAUAAGCUAAUGGAUCACAAUAGUGAACCGUUUGGCCAAUUGAGCUACGAAUCCAUCAGAGCGUUGGAUUCUGCCAUGUCGAUGACACCAUAUUCGGAUGAGUUUAUGGAGGCCAAGGUCAACAAUAUCUAUCGAGGAGAUCCUCAAUUGGGUGGCAGCGGUGUCUAUGUUAAUCUUACCCUCAAAUUGGACGAAAGUGUGGAAACCUUGAGGCCCAAUCUACGUAGCGAUGUUCAGAAACAUUUGCUUGGUGUACUCCAUCGUCGAAACAAUAACAUAGGCAACUCGGUUCUCUAUGUCAGCUCGCCCGAAGGAGCUGUCUCUGCUCUCCAUGAUGUGGAUGAAUGUCAGUCUAUGGAAUUGAAUGAUUGUCAUCCCAGUGCCAGUUGUACAAAUACCUGGGGUAGUUUCCGUUGCGCUUGUGCCGCCGGUUGGCGAGAUCCCUGGGCUGAUCAGCCUCAGCGUGCAGGACGCGAAUGUCAAUCCUGUCCAGAUUCGUAUUGCAAUAAUCGUGGCGUAUGCAGCUACAAUGACGAGGGCACUCAAAUCUGUGCCUGCGAUUCAAGUCACUAUGGCGCACAGUGUGAGAUUGAUGGCGAGGUUUUGGGUGUGGCUAUUGGUGCCUCUGUGGCGGCUGUCAUCAUAAUUGUCUUGACGUUGGUGUGUCUCAUUAUGUGGUCACGGCGCUGGCAACGCGAGCAAAAGAAUGCCAUGGGUUCACCUGUCUUUGGUUAUAUGAAUACGGCUCCAUUAAAAUCGGCUGGACUACCCCAAGCGGGCUAUCAAGUGACCCUAGAAGAUCGCAUGCGUUGGGCACAAAUUGCGGAUGUGAUGGCUCAGACAAAUCACUAUGGGUCCCAGGCGGAACCAAUUGGACCAACACGACCUUCAUCGGCCAUGUUUGCCUAUCCCAAUUUGGGGGCAAUUGGCAUGGGUACCAUCGGUGGUAUGUCCCUGCAAAGCACCAUGCAAAUGCAUCCAAGUGCCACCUUAGCUCCGCCAGUGCCAUUGCCCAGAAGACUUGGCCUGGGUCCACGUGCCAAUGGUAUGCGCACACUGGAGAACUCUAGUUCCAGUGAAGAGGAAGAUCGUGCCGAUCUGUUGGGUAGAAAUUUUCAAGUGCCACGCCCCAAAAGUCGUAGUAAUGGCAGCAUAGCAAAUCAAAGUGGCAUCUACUAUGAUGUCGACUAUGAACCAUCCGGCAAUGGCAUUGGUAAUACCAGUGUCGAUCAUUUGUACGGGUCACAGAAUCAAUCUGUAACACAUUCAUCAAGUGGACAUAAUCAUAUACCCGGUCCACAAGGCAUACCCAUGAGCACUUACACUUCUGGACGAGCUCCAAGCAGUUACUACAUGAAGUAACAGCAAUUCCAACUCGAAUACCAACACCAAUUGCAAUUCCAAUUUCCCUGUAAAUAUUGGCACUUAGUUUUUAGAGUUUAAGUUAAUGAAAAUACUAAAAUACUUUUCCACUGACAGUCCCCGCGGCGACUGCAGAUGAGACGCGUUUUUGUCCUGUCCUCCCUCCCUGUCCCUCCCUCUUUUGAAAUAAAUAGCAACUAAGAAUUUGAAGACUUAGUUUUAGCUUAGUUAACUGUUUUGAAUUAAAAUUUAGUUCUAUAUUGCAAUAUCAACGACAACUAAUCAUUAAUUUUAAACAUUACUAUAUACAUAAUUUAUUCUAUCUCCAAACUCUGAAAAAAUGAUAAAACACUUCAAGUCACAUCCCACUUAAAUCUAAAGAAAUUAA